UUUCCACCAAGCCUACCAAACCCCCAACAAAUGUCUUCCGUCGUCGCACCUCUUUUCCAGCCUCUCAAGCUCGGACCACUCACGUUGCGAAACAGAGUGGUCAUGUCCGCCCUGACCCGUAGUCGCUCUAUCGACACGGUCCCCAACAAGGUCAAUGUCGAGUAUUACAGACAACGUGCUGCUGGAGGUGCAGCACUCAUCAUUUCAGAGGGAACUUUAAUCUCUAGACAAGGCACGGAAUGGCCUUAUGCACCCGGCAUCUGGAGCGAUGAACAGGUCGAUGGAUGGAAAAAAGUCACUGAUGCUGUUCACGAGGAAGGAAGUCUGAUUUUCGCGCAGAUCUGGCACGUCGGCCGCGUUGCUCACCCCGAUGCUCCUGAACAAAAGAAGACUGGCGAGCCCGUUUACGCCCCAUCAGCCAUCUCAGCACGAGGUGGAAAAUUCCGCUUUAUAGACGGCCAACCCGGAUAUACCACCCCAACCGAAAUCGACGACCCACGAAAGCUCAUCGAGCUGUUUAGGAAGGCUGCAGUAAAUGCGAAGAAAGCCGGCUUUGACGGUGUUGAAAUACACGGCGCCAACGGCUACUUGGUCCACCAAUUCCUUGACACCACCGCAAACAACCGUACCGAUCAAUGGGGCGGUAGCGUCGAAAACAGAACCCGAUUUGCGUUGGAGACUAUUAAGGCGGUCUCCGAGGUCUGGGGACCGGAUCGCGUUGGGAUCAAGUUGGCUCCGUGUGGGGGGUACAACGAUGUGGGAAUGCCAUUGGAAGAAACCCUCGAGACUUACCGUUACCUCAUCUCCGAAAUUGAAAAACUCAAGUUGGCAUACGUCUGUGUGGUUCGAUACGCAGAAGCUAUGGAUCCGGUUAUCGACGGCAAAAAACGAGCAACACAACACGAUGUCGUUGAAUCGUACAGAUCCUGCGUCAAAGACGUUCGCUUCCACUUAAACUCUGGACUUACACCCCCAGAAGCUGCGGGAUUGAUUAAAGAUGGCAAAGCCGACGCCGCCGUGUUUGGGUUUUUGUACGUUGCGCAUCCUGAUCUGGCAAAGAGGAUCCAGUUCGGUAAACCUUUGCAUCCGGAGAUUACAAAGUUUGAGACGCUCUAUGGUCGUGAGGGGACUUUGGAGGAGCAGGCUGCGGGGUAUACUGAUUAUCCUGCGGAGACGUAUGAUUCUUAGAGGUUUAGAAGUUAGGAGUUGUUGCAAGGCCCAUGGGUGUUUAUCGAUAUCGGUGCCUCAGCUCCUUAUCUUUCAUUGUCAGACUCUGUUUUUUUUUUGCGAAACGAAAUGUAUAAAUAUGUGGUUGGCUUUCAAAUUUGUAGAUUCAUACCUUCUUGGUACAUAGAAAUUUAAUAAAUCGUGUGUUGUACUUCUUCCUUGACGCGUCGUACUUGUCGAUAUCGCUCGAUCGUUUAUUUCUGAAGUACGCUAAUGAGUGAGUUCUAAUGCCACUACGACCCUGCCAGAGAAACUUGAUUUCUUUACCCUUCUUCUGACCAACGGACCCCGUUCAAAUGUUCACUUCCAGCGCGC